GCGAAGAAUGGCGAAUACCUCAAAAUCAUCAAAGUUCAAGUUUUUGCCAUCAGAUUGGAGGGAUUCUCGAGCUACCUGGCUUUCCCGCUUUUAUGCGGUUGAUUUGUAUUCUCGUGUGAAAUGUUCUGAUGUAUUGAACGACCUGACAGAAAAAUUCCCAAAUAUUUCUAAGAGAGAGUGUGGUUUUAUAGUUCGAAGAUUUUUCCCGAGCGUAAGAAGAAAACAUAGUAAUCAUGUUUACUAUUAUUCUGGAAUUCGUCGUGUCUCUGACCCCAAAUCCCUGAACGGCGGAUCAUUCGACGACGGAUCAUUUGAAAAGGAAGUACCGGUACUGGAAGAAGUUAACCAUGAUAUACCAAAAUCUCUGCAUGUUAAAAGACAGGAGCUGAUUGACGUGCAUGACACUGGUAUAUGUAAAUUCAACAAUGGCAUUGUUGAAACUUUACAAUUAAAGCGUUUCAGAGGGUUUCCUGUUGCAGUAAGAGAAUGUGAACAUAACAUUGAAAGUGAGGUGAAAUCAAUAUUAAGAUUGCCUUCUCAUCCUUCUUUGCCUAUUGUUUUGGGAAUUUGUCUUGAUUGCAAGCCAUUCCUGCUUGUGACAAAGUUUUAUGGCUCUUCAAAGUUUGGUGUUAUGCUUUCACUGUAUGCAGCUAUAAAAGACAAGUGCAAAGACAGCAUUUCUAAGGAACGCUGGAUUUCUAUCAUUCAUGGUAUCACUGAAGGCCUGUUGCAUAUGCAUGCAAAUGCUUUUUGUCAUGGAGAUUUGCAAUCACAUAAUAUCAUUUUGCAUAGAAAAUCCAGGGAAAACAAGUUUUUGCAGCCAGUUUUCUUUAGUUUAGACAAAGCAUUGCACAUCAAAAAAGAAAACACAAUUCUUUUCCGCAAUGAUGUGCAAAACCUAGCUUCAUUAAUUGACAAUAUAAGUGCCAAUACUAAAGGUGACAAUUUAUUUAAAUCUGUAGCGGACAUAGCAAGAGGAAUAGACCAAAGUAGUAGCAAUAGCAUAGAUGUGUUAAAACAUAUUUUACACCAUCUUAAGCAACUAUAAGUUUUAGUGGUGCUCUAGCCAUGCUUUGGCUGUGUAAUACUGCAAUAAGUUAUUUGAGUUCCAUGUAUGGGUAAAUAUAUCCUAGCAUCAAGGAUUGGGUGGGAAACAGGCAGGAAUAUUCUUUUAUUCAUGUUAACAGCCUGUAAAGACAAUACAUUUGAGAAGAAUUUGAUAAUGCAGAACACAAGAAUAUAUGAAUAUUGCUCCCCCUCCAAUUAUUGAUGCUAGCUAUGUACACCACUGUUCAUGUUGUCAAUCCAUUUUUAGUUACAGUACAUAAAAAUGAACUGUUAUUUUAAAUUAGUUUUGUAUGGCUAAACUGUCCAAUUAAUAGAAUAUGAAAAAAUAAUACAUAUAGAAUAUCCUAUCUAGUAAAACAGUUACCAAGUAAACUGUUGUAACCUAAAACCCCUUGUAACCGAAGUUAACCCUACAGAAAA